AUGUGCGCUGUACUUUGUCACUGGCCGUUGAUGCAGGAGAACAUGCAUCGAACAGUGACGGAAUGUGGUGCAGAUCUUUCCCGUCCUUCACUCUCUUUUUUUCGAGUCAUGCGUCACUGUGGUUUCCUAAGGCAAUGCUUCUAUAAAAGGGAGGGAAACGUACGAGUCUUAAUGUAUGUGCAUCUCGAAGGAAAUCAUCUGGACAACGAAGAUGUAUUGAAAAUGAUUUGA